GGCUACCAAGUGCGCGGUGAACAAAUUCCCUGGCUUUUCUCGCUUUUCUGGCUUUUCUCGAUUUCUUUGCAUUUCAUAUUUUCGGCCCCCCAAAAAAUAUUAAAAUAUAUAUAAUUCCAAGAACUGCCAACAGACAAAGUCCAAGCGAAGGGAAGACAUUCUCUAAUCUGCAUAACGACAUCGAAGCUUCUGCGCCGAAUCACUUUUGGCUCUUGCACUGCCGUUGAACUUUGGCGGGUCUAAAGAACUCAUAAAAUUCAAAGAAUCAAUCAAGAAAUACUAAGAAAAGCCAUCAGACAUCAGAUCGGCCGAUCAUCAACCAUAUACUAGACUCUGUGAAAUCGGACACAUUCCGUGUGUGUACUGAAUGGCGACGAGCGGCUGCUGCGCAUUUGCGAUUGUCCUGAGCCAGAUUGACGACAUCAUCAGGGAGAAGAGCACAGCUGCAAUACAAAGCUGACCAACUUGAGCAACGGUUCAAAAAUCUACAAAGAUUCUGAGCAACUCCUAUUUUGCCCGUAUAUUCUUCAAGAAAGUAUAGAAAGUAUUUCUAACCAAAAUGUCGGCCCAAUGUCAACUGAGAAUAACGGUUUUGCUUUGUGUGAUUUUGGCCAUGAUCCAGGAGAAGCAGGUGCCCGUUGAGGCCACAGUUCGUGACCUCUGCCAGUCGGUGCCGAGCACAAGCAAUGGCAUUUGUAUGCCCAGCACAAUGAAUAUAUAUUACGAUCCGGAGACGCAGAAAUGUCGGUAUAUUGGCUGCAGCAACAAGAGGCAAUUCCAGACCCUCGAGGACUGUGACAAGAUCUGCAAUAAUGCGAGACACGUGAAGCGACGCAAUCGGACAAAGGCCAAUGAGACCACGCAUUGAAAAUAUUUACAUAUAAAAUAUACAAAAUAUAA